CCAUGGUGUAUAUGGGAAGGGAGGGAGGCUACAGGGAGUAACCCGACACCAACACUGUGACUCUUCUCUGUUUGAGUCUUUGUUUUUGGAUUCUUCAGAUAAAACCCGAACUUCCUCAUGAAAAUGCUUUUGUUUCUAUGAAAGAAGCCUCAGGAAUCUGCUUUUCAACCACUCUGACGAGAUGAUGUUUAUCGCCACAACUACUCGGCUGAAUUCGUGAAGGUUUUUCCUAUCUAAAUAAACAAACAGCUCUAAACAAGGGGAUUAUCAGGAUUAUUAUUAUCAUGAUCACAUGGUUGUUAUUGCUCUCACUCUUCAGAGAAAGCACACAAGAUGGACAAGAAGACGGUGUUUUGCGUUGUGGACCUCAGAAUGUGACUCUUGACUACGACAGUUUCCUGUUAAAGUGGGAAGAUGACCCUUCUUGCUCUGUGAUACGAGAUGGGCUCGUGUACGAGCUGCAGCUUCUCACUGCAGACAAACCUGUACACAAUGGUGAAGUUGUUGUGACACCUGCACAGAUAGGAUCUACUCAUUCCUGGAAAGGGACUUCCCAUUUACCAUCGCAGUGUGCUCGCCAUUCCGUCCGGCUCAGGUCCCAAUACAACAACCAAUCAAGCCCAUGGUUGCAGAAGACGCUACCUGACCAGGGUAAAAUACUGGUUCUCCCAAGAAACCAAAUGUUCGAGGUGGGCAGCACAGCCACAUUCUGCUGUACGGUGCCAGAUGGGGAAAGUAUUAAAACAAUGUUUCUACCCAACUAUAAAGGCGCUAAUGUAAAUGCUACAAAGAUCAGUGAACAUGUGCAUUCCCUGACUGUUCACUUGGACCAACAAUCAGAAAACUGGAGUGAUGUAAUAUGUGAAACAACCAAAGGAGAGAUCAGUGGAGCCAGUUUUCAUGCUGGAUACCCCCCUAGUGACAGUAGUCUUCAGUGUGAAACCCAGGAUCUGGAAUCCAUCGAUUGUUUUUGGAAUAUAACAAGGAAAACAGAGGAUGUUGAAAAACUGAGAAGAAAAUACCUGCUCCAGGGAAGCCCAUGCAAAAUUGGAGCAAUGCAUCAAUUGGGUAAAUGCUCGCAAAAAGUGGAGGUGGAUGCUGCUGAGAGGAACUGGACCUUAACAGUUACUAAUCCUCUGGGAAAGCUCGAGCUCCAUGACAGGGCGGACCUGACCAAAAGAGUGCACAUGGUUGCACCAGAAAAAGUGGCAGCUUCAACUGUGAACCCCAGAAACAUCAGUCUGAAAUGGAGCUGGACUGUGCAGAAGUACAGUAAUCUCAACCUCACAUGCCAAGUAGAUGUCAGCGAUGGAGACUCUAAUACCAAAAUUGAAAACUUUGGAGUUGGCCUCACAGCUGCAGUUAUCAAGGACUUGAUACCACACUGGGACUAUGACGUGAGGGUCCGAUGUGGAACAGCACAGCAUUUCUGGAAAUGGGGUGACUGGAGCAAAAGUGUCAAAAUCCGCACAAAGGGUGAUGUUCCAGAUGCUCUUGACGUGUGGAUGAAGGUGAAGGAAGACCAGACUGUAAUCUCCUGGAAGGUGCCACUGACCAAUCAGAGCCAUGGAGAAAUCUUUGACUACAAAGUGUCCUGGGCAAAGACCAAAGAGAAAAAUCAGUCAAACCAAACCAACGUGUCCAGAAGCAAUCACAGGCUUACACUCACGCUGGACCCCAGUGAGGAGUACAUGGUCACCGUCACGGCUAGAAACAUAAACGGCAGCUCAUCCCCAUCGACCAUCAUCAUCCCCCGCCUCAAUCUAGAUAAAUCCGAGGUGAAGACCUCCUGGAUCAGUGGCAGCAAUGGUAGCUUCUUCCUGUCCUGGCCUGUUAGUCCUAACGCCAGCUGUGGCUACAUAGUGGACUGGUGUCCAGUCUUCGGUAAUUGCACCUUCGAGUGGAUGAAAGUGCCUCCCAACAGAACUCAUACCGCAAUUUUUUCAAAGAACUUUGAGGAUGGUCGGAGAUACCUGCUGUCCAUAUAUGCCUGCACAGAGAGAGCUCCGGUGCUACUACAGAGAAGAGAGGGCUACGUCAGAGAGACCAAAAUAGAAGCCAAGCUGUUUAAACUCAAAUACAAACAGAAAGACUCGGCUGUUGAGGUAUCCUGGGAGCCCAUACCUCUGGAAAAGCAGACAGCUUCCAUCCAUGGAUAUAGUCUCUACAACCAGGACAAGAGCGGGAACAUUUUUAACGUGAGCACAGAUGAUCCUGAAGCCACCAGCCUCACUGCAAAGAACCUGAACAUCAGUACGUACAACUUCACAGUGACAGCAUUAACAGCAGUUGGACUUUGUGGUAAUACAUCCAUCAAUGUCAUCUUGAAUCCCCCGGCUGAUCAACUGAUAAUGCUGACCUUGAUAUCCCUGGGAGCAGUUUUUCUUAUUCUGUCUGUCAACAUAAUCAUCUGCUACAGACACUGGGCAUGCAUCAAGGACAAAGUGUAUCCUCCAAUCCCAAAGCCGGUGCUGACUGAAAAUUGGCUGGCAUCACCAGAUGAACAUACCGUUCGUCCUCUUCCAUUUGAUCAGAGUCACUACAGUGAGGUCUUGGAUGUUCCUGAGCUGCAUGAUAAAUUCAGACCACCACAGCCUGUUGUUGGCCAGGACUACAUGCCUUUUACCUUCUCUCAGACUCCCAAAGGUUACUACAAUAAGCCUCUGAAGAAACUCCAGCCAUGUCUCACUUUGCCCACUACAGGCCUCACAUCUCGGCCAGGCUUGCCAUGUUUUCCAAUUAAUGAUGUAUUUCCUAACCCUUCAUAUAACCUGAUAGUGCAGGGUGAAGACCAGCAGUCACAAUCACAUCCUGAGAUCCAGGAGGGGAUGCCUAUAAUUGAUAGUGGAUAUCAGGCUCAGAGUCCUGAAGAGAGCUUUAGCACAGCUGAGUUAGAGGAGGAACCAGACAGUCCCAUUUCCUGUGUGUCCACAUACAUUUUGUUACCACAGAAAACUUCCAAAUAGCGGCUGCAUGUGUGGACACAUUUAAGCCUUGCACACGUACUUGAAGCGACCUUAACUACUGCAUAGAAAACACAAGCUGUCCUCAUCCACACAGUGACCUGGUAGAUGUUCAAAGGAGCUCUACUGUUUUCAUGUUUAGCUUCAAUCAAAGCAUGCAAUACAUUUUAGUUCAGUUUUGUACAUUGGUGGUGUUGUGGUGCAGUGGUGCUCGUUAGCACUGUCACCUUGUUGCAGGAAAGUUGUGCGUUCAAAUCAUCUGUCAACCAUUUCUCACGAAAGUAAAAUGUGUGAUUCCUUACUGGUUACAGCUGUGUCACUUUAGCCAGCGGUCAGUUGUGGAUUCAAACAGACAACAGCAAGCUAGAAUAAAAAGUAACACCAACACACUAACCAACCCCUAUAACUGCAGCUGGCUUCCUUUUAUACUCUACUCGCUUCAGGUGAGACUCUGGAAUAACCUAAAUCUGGGGGUAACAAAGAAAUGAAAAAAAUAAACAUCCACAUAAACAAAAACUGAACCAAAAUAUAAUACAAAGAAGACAUAUUUACACAUAUACAAACUCCUAUAAAUACUUCAACAACAUUUGUGCUUUAUUCAGUGAUGGAUAAUGGAAACACUCAAACCUAAACUCCCCUAUUGUGGCACAUUGGUUUACUCCAGAAGCUUAUAAGCAGGUGAUUGUUGCUUUUACUAAUUUGCUGCACAUCAUGCUGAAGAAACAACUAGGAAAAGUUGAGGACUGCACCCCUGGUCUGCAUUACAGGAUGAAAUUGGUCACAACAAGCUAUACAGUGCUGCAUCGAAAAUCUUGCAAUUGCAGGUUGCCAGUAGUUUGAAUGGAAGAUACUGCCUUGCCUGCAAACACUCAAUAACUACCCUCUGAGCUCAAGAGAAACUGUGAAAAGUAUGAUGCUAAAAACUGACUCUUUGCCUUCAAAGUAAAAGUUGUGCCUUACAUUGCAAACAACACAUUUCCAACUGUGUAAAUUUUACUUUGAAGAGUAGAACAAAUGUGUUUUUAGACAAGUCAAUAUCUUCCAUGCAACCGCAGGUGACUGCAGCACUCUGCUGUCUAUCUGGGUUUACAGAAACCUGUCAGUGAAUACACAUUUCUCCCUGUCAUCCAGAGGUUUCCAUGAGGUCCCCACUUGGCCUCUAGAACAGUCUAAAGUUUGCUUUUUGUUCAUUUUGUUUGUUUGUUGGACAAUUAAAAGCCAACCGUGUAAAUAAAGAAAAUGUAUGUAGAAAUUCCACUCAGACAUUUGAGAAAAGCCUUUCUAAAGUCUGAUUUGUUUUCCUGUGAAUCCUGUGAAGUCUGUACAAAUGUCAGCUGUUUGCAUUUUCAGUUUAGUGCUGUUGUGUGAAUCAGACUGCCAUCACCACAGAAACUGAGCUCAUCAUGUUGGAGCGAAGAGAAAAUGAACAAUAGAGGAGCUCAGAACUGACAGACUGAUUUAUGUGUAUUUUAUGUAUUUAUGAGUGCCCUACCUUAUUGAAAAAUGUGAAUAGUUCCAUGUAGCUUUUGAGAGGUCUUUGCUGUUGAUCUGCGUUUAUAAGAACCAAGAAAUUACGAUUGAUUCAAUGCUGUAAACCAAUAAAACAAGAAGCUUCAAGA